UCCUUCCCAUUCCCAUUCCCACUCCCUUACCCACUCUGCCCCACCACCUGAACAAAAAAAAAACAAAUACAAAAAAAAAAAAAAAAAACAAAAGCAAAAAACACUCACUCGCCUACCUCGAGCUGAUCUCAUGCUCAGGCUCGGCCUCUGCCCGACGGAUUAUCCAGAUUUUUUCCACAAGUCUAGAAGCAUCUUGUCGCCCAGCUUUGACCAUGACAUCUUGACAACUCACGCAGCAUCACAUCAAUCCUUUCGAUCUCACCUCUUCCUCAACCAUCUUCAUUCUCACAGCCCUGGCCUACGUUCCGUUGUCUAUCAGCAGAAGCGGCAGCACCACCACCAUCACCACCACCACAAUCAUCAUCGUCGUCAUCAUCAUCGAAACACCCAGGUGUCGCGCGGCCCUUCCGACUUCUACCGUCUCAUCCUGUCGACCAGCGUCUCGCCAUCAUCUUCUCACCGAGGGAGUUGGAGAAGGAACAGGCAGAAACCUAGGCCACCCCUCCCCAGCACCAGAUCGAGCCGAUUGCGAGCGUCAAACCACCACCACCACCACCACCCACCACCACCAUCACCUCCACCUACACCACCUCCACCUCCACCACAUCCCGCAUUUCCCAGUCCCAGCGCAGAGAAAGAAUCAGCGUGAAAACCGAAAAAGAAGAAAAGAAAAAAAUAGCAGAAAGUGAAAGUGAAACGUGGACCCUCCAGACAGAACUGAGGAGGCCCCAUCUCAAUCGUCGUCAUCCCGCAUUUCCCUUUUCCCUCAUACGAUGUGCACGAUACGAUACGUAGCCGUGAGCGAGCGAGAGACGAGACGAGACGAUACGGGGUCGUAGGGGAGUCGGGGGUUGAGG